UGUCGCCGAUGCACUGUUGGUGGACGGCGAUGCCAAUACAACGCCGUUCGACGGUCGCAGCCAGCUCGGAAUGUAGUCACGAUCUAUCUCCCACCAACUCAGAGCCAGCCAACGUUCUUUAUGAGCUCCGAUGGGCUUGAAUUUUUCCACAAGAAUCUCGCUGUCAAGUUCGAUGGACAAUUUGACUCUGAAUUCUGGAGCAAACUUGUAAUGCAGCUGUCGCACUCAGAACCAUCGAUACGACACGCCGUGUCCGCAAUCAGUUUGAUUCAUCGAGAUGUUGAAUCUUCUAUGAGGAGCCCGUCAGGCUAUGUUAACGCAGAUCCCAAAAUCCAAAGAGAGUGGCGUGCGGCGACACAAUACCUGGCAGCCCGAAUUUCAUCACGCCCUGACUCGAACCUAGUGCCACUUGUCUGCUGUCUCUUAUUUACCUGUAUGGAAUUCCUCAAAGGAAACGUCAAUUUGGCUCUGCUGCACAUCAAAAGUGGCUUUAGGAUCCUAGAAAACAUUCGCGAAGCCAACGAAUCCAUACAAGUAACGCAAGGAAGGCCUUCUCGAACUGAAGAAGACGACAUUCAAAAGCAUGUCAUACCAAUGUUCUCGAGACUCAACUCUCUGUGUACGCUUUUUGGCCUGGUAACCCCACCUAUGUACUCUCUAGAAAGCAAAGACGAAAUUCCUCACAGAGAUAUUAGAGAUUCGAGAGAGCAUCUGUUCGAAAUCUUGGACCCUGCUAUUCGAUUUGUCCGUUUAAUUGCCCAGAAGGCAGCAAUGCUUGAAGUUCAAAUGGAUGACUGCGUGGAGCAAAUUAAGCUGCAAAAAAGGUUAGACAGGUGGCGUAACCAGCUGGAUGAUCUACAAUUUAGAAUGAAGGAAGCAGGCCAGCCCAUCAAAGAGUGUGCGGUCAAUGUGCUUCUCGUUCAGUAUAAAGUUAUAUAUAUUUGGCUCAGAGUCUGCAUUACAAUCGAAGAAUCAGCUACGGAUGCAUACAUUGCGGAAUUCGAAGAAAUUGUGCAUCUCGCAAGCGAGAUUGCCUCAUAUGGCAUGGAGGAGCAAGGUCCGCAAGCGCUGUCCUUUGAUAUGCAGCUCAUUGGUCCUCUAUACUAUGUGGCUGUCAAAUGCAGACAUUCGGGACUGAGAAGAAAGGCGCUAGAACUGUUGCGACUGGCGCCUCGGAGAGAGGGACUUUGGAAUGCUCAUCAUGCCUACGUAACGGCGAGGCGAAUAAUUGAGCUUGAGGAAGCUCAGCUGGAUACAAAAGGGCUGCCAUACGAAUCCGUGCGCCUAUAUGGUGUCCAUCUGCCGGCUGAAAACUCGAGAAUAUAUGAUGUCGGAGAGCUUCCAGCAGACUUCAGAACAUUUGAUAUCGACAUCGUGCCCAGCCCCGCAUGUCCUGGUGCCAUUCAGGUUGAAUUUCGAACAAAGCCAUGGGGUCCCUUGGGACAAUGGCAUACAUUCAAGGAGAGUCUCAACCUCUAA